AGUACAUCAGGAUUCAGGCACAACUGAUGAUAGUGAUUGUUGUGACAUCAAAGCGCGCUGCCCUGCAUCGCCGUUAAUGCAUCCUAUCCUUCGCAAUGCUUCAUGGCCACUAUCAAGCAGAUUGAUGGGCGCACCAUCCAUCAGAUCCAGUCUGGUCAGGUCAUCGUCGACCUCUGUUCCGUCGUCAAGGAGCUCGUGGAAAACAGCAUAGACGCAGGUGCUAACAACAUUGACGUCCGCUUCAAGAAUCAAGGACUCGACUUGAUCGAGGUGCAAGAUAAUGGUGGUGGAAUUGCGCCAGCAAAUUAUGAGUCUGUCGCUUUGAAGCAUCACACCUCAAAGCUGUCAACGUAUGCCGACAUAGGGUCGCUAGACACUUUUGGCUUCCGUGGUGAAGCCCUCGCCUCGCUAUGCGCUCUCUCCACAAUGACGGUCACCACUUGCUUGCCAGAGGAUGCUCCCAAGGCUACUAAGCUCAGCUUUGAGCCUUCUGGCAAGUUAAAGGGGACGAAUGUGGUGGCUGCGCAAAAGGGGACAACUGUGUCCGUGGAGAAGCUGUUCCACAACCUCCCUGUGCGCAGGAAAGAGCUUGAGAGGAACAUCAAGCGGGAGUGGAACAAGGUCAUUGCCCUGCUCAAUCAGUACGCUUGCAUUCAAACGAAUCUCAAGUUCUCGGUGUCGCAGCAGCCUACCAAGGGCAAGCGGAUCGUCCUGUUUUCAACCAAGGGCAAUGCCACGACAAAGGACAACAUUAUCAACAUAUUUGGCGCCAAGACCAUGACGGGCCUCGUGCCCCUGGAUUUGACGCUCGAAAUGCAGCCGUCGUCUGUCAGCUCUGUGCUCCAACCCACGGUCGACACUGGAUCAGUCUCCACCCAAGUCCGGAUUGUUGGGCAUGUGUCUCGACCAGCCCAGGGCGAAGGUCGUCAGACACCCGAUCGUCAAAUGUUCUUCAUCAAUGGACGGCCAUGCGGCUUGCCUCAAUUUGCCAAGACUUUCAACGAGGUCUACAAGUCAUACAACUCGACGCAGUCUCCAUUCAUCAUGGCCGACAUUCAAUUGGACACCCACAUGUAUGAUGUGAAUGUGAGUCCGGACAAGCGCACGAUUCUCCUCCAUGAACAGAAUCAGCUUCUCGACUCACUACGCUCUGCAUUGAACGACCUAUUCGACUCUCAAGACUACUCGGUACCAACUUCUCAGCUUGCUAGGACAAAGCAGAGUCCCUUUGGUCAGCGGGAUUCUGCAACGCCCGCCCGAACCCAGACCUGGCGCGGUCAAGAUGUCACACCUGCGCCGGCGCCGGCGCCAGUUGACUCUGACUCUGAUUCGGAGUCGGCAGAAGCACCCCGUAGCAGUGCGUCUAGGGCACAUUUGUUAAGGAGCAGCCACUCGCGAACUCCCUCCGUCAAGGCUAGUGCCAACAGAGCCGACAACCUGAUCGACCGCUGGAUUCAACGGCGUGAUACUACGGAAGACUCUGACGGAGCGCGUACGCAGGAUGCUACGCCACCCCUUCCAGACAGACAGGAGCCUGUUUCGACAAGUACCAAAGAGAUUGAUGUCGAAGAGAGAUCAGUGUCUGACGAAGAGGAUGUUCCCGAGGACGAGGACGCAACCAUGGCUGAAACCGAACCACGAAAUCCUCACGUCCACCAGUACAGCAACGAACCAGAGCUCUUCGUCCCAGAGGCGCCAGUGCCUCCGGAUGUCGGUCCUCCACAAAUGCCCAUUCCCAAGGUGCAGCAUGUGAGGCAGGAAAUCCCCAAAUCAAGCCCGCUAGCGCAUCGAAGUCCUAGCAAACCAGCCUCAGAGCCUAUCAGCAUCACAAUCGGCGAUCCAGAGGUCCCAUCCAGUUCGCACAAGCGUCGUAGGGUCUUGUAUGACGCGCAUGUCGACGGGACGGAAGAUAUCGAAGAAGGAUCGUCGUCCGACGAGGAGUUGCCGACCAAACCAUCAUUCGGUGGCAUUCUAAGUCAAAAGUUCACAGCAGGUCUCAGGGGUCGCUCUGAGGACUCGGGGGUCAACGACCGGCAAGCUACUGUCACGGUACAACUUCCUAUAGAUGCGCCAGACCCUAAAGCGGCGGAGGAAGAUAAGGAAAACGUCAGGACCACCCAUCGUCAAGCCAGCUCACAAGCAGAGUCGAGUGUUGCAUCCGUGUCGUCUCACCACUCUGACGACAGACCAGAAGAAGACUCUGUCAUCGAAGCCGGCGAGCAGAAUCAUGCAACAAGUACCAGAGCCGCGGACGCUGAAGACGGCGAGGACGCGGCUGCUUUCGCCAAGACCAGGGGCAACUCUCUUCAAGCGAGCUCACGCCGUAAAGACGCAACCCUGCAGACCAUCCAGAAUAUCACGACCGGCGAGAGGGCGAUUCAGUCCAUGAUGACAACAUGGACCACCUCACUGCGCCACACGACUUCGUCUCAAGCGGCGUCAACGAAUGAAAUGGAGGACAUCACCUCGGCAGACGCCGAGUCCAAGCUGUCCCUCAUCAUCCAGAAAUCCGACUUUGGCGCGAUGCGCAUCAUUGGGCAGUUCAACAUGGGCUUCAUCAUCGCUAUCCGCCCGGGCGACCCCCAGUCCAACCAGCCCAGCGCAGACGAGCUCUUCAUCAUCGACCAGCACGCCUCGGACGAAAAGUACAACUUUGAGCGGCUGCAGGAUAUCACCAUCGUCCAGUCCCAGCGCCUGGUGCAUCCGAAGCGCCUCGAGCUCACGGCGCUUGAGGAGGAGAUCGUCAUGCAGAAUCCCGAGGCCAUCGAGGCGAACGGAUUCAAGGUUAGUAUCGACACGAGCGGUGACACCCCUGUCGGGUCCCGCUGCCAACUCAUGGCCCUGCCACUCAGUCGCGAGACAACCUUUAACGUGUCGGACUUGGAAGAGCUCAUUGCGCUGUUGGGCGAGGAAUCUUCCGAGUCGAAGCAUAUCCCUCGGCCGGCCAAGGUCAGAAAGAUGUUUGCUAUGCGCGCGUGUCGGAGUAGUAUCAUGAUCGGCAAGGCUCUGACGCGGAGCCAGAUGAGCAACGUUGUAGGUCACAUGGGCGAACUUGACAAACCCUGGAACUGCCCUCACGGUCGACCAACCAUGCGCCACUUGUGUAGGAUGCAAAUGUGGGACGAGAAGAGUUGGGAUCACGAUGCGCAGGCGUGUUCUUCUUUAGCUUCAUGGGCAGCAGCAUGACACCCUGCCUCAUGUUUGGAUUAAUGUG